AUGUUGGUCUCUUUUAAGCUUGAGAAUCUACAACAGAAGCUUGAAAAGAGUCCGUCUAUUCGCCGCUGUAUCAUAGCGUGCGAAGCCUGGCAUCGUGAGCUGCCUGUCGACACCGAACGACCCAAGUACGUCAACAAAGUCCCUGUAGUCAAAGCUAACGUAAUGCAGAGUUCUUGUCAAAGAUUCCAUGCUCGAUCUAUACUAAUGGCACAUCUUGGUUGUGCAAUGGCAGAGUUCUGA